UUUUCUUAUAGAGCGUCGUGAGUUUUACGUAGCAGUGUGUUUAAAUAUAUUAUUAAAUAUAUUAUUAGUGCAUAGUAAAAUAAACAAUUUAAUGAUUAAAAUGUUUAAUGGCAUAAUAAUUUGCUAAAAAACAUAAAUAGUGUUUGUGUUUUUAUUAAAAGCUGAACAUUUUCGCCACAGCUCUGUCAAUUUUUUGUUUAGCUGCUUCUAUUUACAUUCUAACAUUCACUUUAAAGUAAUAACAUGUAUUAUUUAUAUAUGUAUAAAAUUGUCUAUUUUUGUUUACAAAUUUAAAUUGUUAAUUUUGUUAAUAAAGAAUUAAAUAUUUUAGCAUUUGAAAUGCUAAGCCCGGAGGAAUAUAUUCUCGAUUUUAAGGCAGAGGAGAGAAAAACCCAAGCGACAGUUUUCGAUAUAGAAGAUAUUGAAAGUGAUGGCACUUUAUCAGCCAGUGAGGUCGAUAGCAAUGGCGGCGGUACUCCCACACCACCAUUGCUUUGCAAACUUAAGAAAGUUCGUGUUAUGAUUAAAAAAUUACCCUCCCAUGUUUUAGAAACUUAUAAACUAAAUAAAAAUAAUAGCAGUAAAGCAAAAACCAACAGUUCCUCUGCCAAAAAGGCUGCAAGAAUAUCCAAACGAAAGGGAGCCAAAACUGUGCCAGGUUUAUAUUUGUCUUUACAUGUUAAUAAACCUUUAAAUGAAGUUCUUAAUGUACGAAAAAGACGCAAGAGUACUUUUUUAAAUACUUCGCGAAGACAUUUCAAUAUAAAUAAGCAAAAGGUGGUAACUAACGAUAAAAAAUCUGUAGAACUUUCGCAAAAAUCAAAAACAACCACAAGAAGAUCUGUUAGAAGUAUUGCUCUAAAAAAUGAAAGAAGCAAUACUGUUGCAAAGUCAUCAACACAAAAAAACUGUUCCACUAUCAGCAGCUCUUCAGCAAGAACCUCUGGUCUAAGAAAAACAAGAAAAGAGUGUCAAUUCAUUAAACCCCAGGCACCUUUAAUAACAAAUAUUUCAUCCAAUAGACCUAAUACUAGUUUACAUGCAAAGAUAGCAGCCACUAGACCAAUAAACAAAGAGGAAAAAAUAAAAAGAUUUGUGGCCACAUUACCUAAUUGUCCAGAUGUUGUCAUAACGAAAUAUGAUUUACCAACAAACUCGCAAACUAGAUCGUCACAGUUUACACAUCCUGCAAAUUCUUUAAUAUAUAAUCCAGCAGUCGUGCCAUCAUUACAAACUUUAUAUCAAGCUUAUCCAGAUUCCAGAUUGCUAACUACACCACAACAUAAUAUUACUAUCCAAGUUCCUGAUACUUCAACAUUAACAAACUUAUCACAAAUACAAAAUACACAGACAAAUAACGCUUUUCCCACACUCAUUAUGUCUGCUCCCCGUCGUCUACCAAUGUCAGUACCAAACCAACCACCAAUAAUACCCACUUCCACUUUAACACAAACUUCCUUUAUAACGCCAAAAGCAAAUGAUUCCAUUACAAAGCCAGCAUUAAAAAAUGAUCCUGAGCAAAAUAAAACCAAAAAUUUACGAAAAAGGCAACGAAAAGAUACGGGAAAUUAUUAUGAAAGUGAUAUGGAAACCUGUCUGCAAUCCGAAUCUGAAGAUCUGGAAAUGUCGGACACUGAACAGCGUAGCAGCAAUGUGCCAGAAGUUAUAAAGCGUAUAAUAUAUCACACUAAAUCGGUACAAACAAAGUUCACUUGCAAUGGCACCAUUUGCGGCUUAGUAGACUCGGAUGAAUUUAAUUUAAAUUGUUUUUACUGUUAUGAGAUCUUUCCUUUGCACAAAUGGAUGGAGUUUAAGGAACAUAUUAAAGUUGUACACCAUGUAGAGGAGCAGGCAAAUGAAAAUGAAACCGAAGAAGAAGAAGAAACGGAAAAUGCAAAUCUUACCACAAAUUCCGAUACUCAAACUAUAAAUCUAAAGGCAAAAACUUUAAGCAACAAGGACAGGUUAAUAGCAAAACCAGUAGAAUCACCUCCUAAAGAAUGUGUUUAUAAAAAAUUGCCACUCGAACCUAGACUUGUGGCUCAACGUGAGCGAGAACUUAAUAGAAUAACCUCGGGCCCAGCUAAAAAUUCAAUAACUCAUGUAAAUAAGAGUCCAGCUAAGAAAUCCUCACAACAACUAAACCAAUCACAACAAUCAAAUUGUUCAUCUAGAGGAAAUACUUCAGUGGAUCUUAGCGAUGAUAUUAUUAGUUUAAAUAGCGAUGAUAGCGACGAUGAUGUUCUACAAUUGGUUGAUGAAGAUAUUAGAGAGCAUGUGGUGAAAAAUAAACAGAAAGUUAAAAAAUCUAAUAAUGAUAUGUCCCUAAUCGAUAAAGUAGCUAAACUGAUACCGCCACAUAUAACUAUUAAAAAGGUCCAAAAACCUUGCUCAACUGAAACGGCAAAUACCAGCAAACCAAACGUCCCGGAAAAAACAAUUUCUUUAGUAAAGCCCUUUAUUAACAAAGCAACUACUGUAACCCCUAAGACCACUGAUACUUCCUUAGAUGAGCCCUUUAUAAAAGUGCCUUCUAAUUUCAAUAUACAAAGAGUUAUUAAAUAUAUACCUAAACCCACUAUUGAAAAAUCAACCGGUGUAGAGAGUACUAAACCUAGAUACUUUGUGGUGAAGAAAAUUGUAAAACCAGCCAACAAGAUACCCAAUCUAAAUGUGUCGAAAGGCAUGAUUGUAAACAAAAGGUUGAUGGCAAAUGAUAAUGACAUGCCUUCGAAUGAUGAAAAUGAAGAUGCGAUGCCCAAACCCACCAAUGGUGGUGGUAUUUUAUUUGGUUUAACUAAUCCCAUGGUGGUUAUAGAAUUUCUUUUGAAACUAAAAUCUUUCCCAGAAUUAUGGCGUCCGCAAGUGAAAACUAAUUCAGCAAAUUACGAUGAAAGUAUUAAAAAAUUAUGUUUUCAUCUUAACAGUCGUUUCGAGUUAAAUAUAAAAGAUAUUGAAAUGCGUCUUAGUAUACAGCGCGUUAAGGAUUGGUAUUGUCGCAUGCUGAAAAAGAUUCACGAGCACAAUAAAAAUUGCAAUAAUACGGAACCAUUUAAACACAAAUUUCCAUUGUAUUUUAAAAUUCUAAAUCAAUUCCUAACCUCUGAUGUUCAUUAUACUAAUAACCUUUUGCUAAGUUCACACAAGUCCGAUACAAAUAUUAAUAAAUGUAUGGUAAAUAAGACGGCAGAGGAGGCUCCCAAAACAAAUGCAUUUCAUUUGGAUAAAGAGAAAGAAGAUCUGAAUAGUUCUAGAUCACUUUUAACACCAACAAACAACACAACAGCAGUUAACAAGGAACCAGCUGCAGCAACAACAACUGCAGUCAAAUCUACUACCCUACCUAUUAAUGAUCCACCACCCGACACAGAAACUGCAACAAAUUUAGAAAAUAAUACCGACAGUCUUAUAGAAUUUGAUGCCGAUAUUUUAUACGAGGACGAAAGUAGCGAUGAAGAGGUGCUGGAGCCAUUCGAUGAAACAAAACCGUCAAAGAAAAAAACCAAUAAACUCAAAGACCCUACCACAAGACGUACCAAGACUUAUUUGGGCAGGUAUGAAUGUGAUGUAUGCAAAAAAGUUUACAAACGUAAAUGUGACUUAAGACGUCAUAGAAUUCAUCACUUCCCUCCACAAUUUGAAUGUUCUGUUUGCUCACAAAAAUUCUUCUUCAAGCAUUGGGCCGAAAAAUGUAAUCAUCUUAGAAAGCGUAAAUAUACUAUAAUGAACAAAUCCGAUAAAACUGAAGCUGAAGGCGAGGGGCGUGUGGAAACCGUGAUACCCAAAAAAUGGCCCAAAAAAAUAUUUAGAUUUAAAUUGAUUUGUGAGAUAUGUGGUGCUUCCUAUAGACAGAUUGGUUCUUUGAAUUGCCACAAAAGAGACAAGCAUUUAAAUCAAAGACUCAAAUGUGUGGUAUGUAGUUUUACCGCCCUCACCAAUUAUCGCAUAGUGCAGCAUCAGAAAAAGCGGCAUAUUGUCGAACCGGGUACAGUAGAAGAAGUAGCUAAGAAAAGCCGAGCACGUACGGAUACUAAAACACCCUUUUCGGUGGAGGCUAGACAAGAAUUUGACUGGCGUCGCGAAAUGCGCAAGAAACUGCAGCCGGGUGAGAAAUUUUUCGCCUGCUGCAAAUGUCGCAUCAUCUUUAAUUCACGCAAAGAAAAGGUUUUACACAACAAACUUGAGCACCCCAUUAAAGAAACUUCUGUGGUUUGUCUUUUAUGUUUGCCCAAUAAAUUUCUCUUAUCCAACUCCAACUCAGCUCGACGUCAUUACACCGACAUACAUAAAGUACCCUGGGAUGAAAUCGAUGCUUUGGUCAAGCGCACUAAACCGGUUUUCAAUAUUUUAAGCAAAGAUGAAAUUGAGCUUUUAAAUGCCAGUCAAAAUUGGAAGGAACUUUUGGAAGAGUUAAUAAAGGAUAGAGAACUGGAGCCGGUGGAAAAGAUAAAGACUCAAGUAGAUGAAGAAGCCAUACAGGCGAUACAAAAUUUACCAAUUAUUAACACAGAACCCGAAAUAGAAGUGAAUAAAAUCGAUGUGGAAUGUGGAACAAAGGAAGAAGAAAAUGUAUAUGUUGAUGGCAUGGAGGAGAGUAAGAAGGAUGAAAAUAUUUACGUAGAUAACAUGGAGGCAGCAAAAGAAGAAAAUGUUUAUGUGGAUAACAUAGAGGCAGAGAAGGAAGAUAAUGUUUAUGUAGAUGACAGAGAAGAAGCGAAGGAGGAGAAUGUUUAUGUAGAUGGCAUCAUAGAUCAUGACUACAAUAACGAGGAAAUGGUGUAUACUGAGCAAGAACAAUACACCACCCACAAUAACAAUGAACAUGAUUACAGCGAGGAACAAGGCGAUGCCAUUGAAAGUUAUAAUAACUACGAAGAAGAAUUAAAUGAACACAAUAAUGAUCAGUUAUAUGAACAUUCGCCCAACGUAGCAGUUGAGGGUAUAAAUGCACCCAUUGCUUAUAACAUAGAAUGCACUGAAGAUGUAAUAGACGAUCAUCAAAAUACUGAACAUAAUGACCAAGAAUAUCUUCAAACUAUUGUCGAUGAUUUGGUCGAAGGAGAAUUGGUCGAUGGGCAGUUGGUAGAAGAAUGUAUUGUGGUAGAAGAGUGUAUUGAUGAUGUUAUCGAUGAAGAACUGGAAUAUUUUGAAUACGAAAACAAGGAACAGUCCUCCGACGAAGAGCAUGAAGUAGAAAUAUUGGACGAUGAAUUGCAUGAAGUAAACAAAAAUUUAAACUGUGCGACCGACUUCUUCAAUAAAUUAAAUAAGCAAAUUAACAAUAAAAUGAGAUCUUGUUGCAUUUGCAAGAAAAAAGCUACAAAUGGAAAUCGAAAUUUUUUUUCCGUUCCAAAAGAUGAACGCCGAAAGAUAUGGAUGAAAGUUUGCCGUAUGAAUUUCAUGGCAAGUGCAGUGAUUUGCAUGGACCACUUUCCACCAAAUUCUAUUAUUAAAAAUGAAAGAAAAAUGAUAUUAAUGCCCAAUGCAUUGCCUACCUUAUGCAUCUCAGACGAAAAGCUAACGAGUAUUAAAUUGGAGAAUUUAUCAGACGAAGAGGAGCAUGAAGUAAAUAUAGAAAACAAUGUCAUUGAUGAUAAAGAGCAAAAUCCCAAUAUUGAAAACAAUUACAUGGAUGAACUGGAAAUCAACACCGCAGUUACCCCAAACUACUACCCGCCAGAUCCUCUUAGUAAUGAAAUUGUAGAAGAUGUGUUGGGAGAAAACUUAUUAAAUAUAAAUAACAAUGAGCUGCCUGAUCUUUUCGAAGGAAAUCCUCUUGUACAAAUACCUAUUGUUAAGCCAGAGAAUAGAUCAAUAUCCACACAAACUAAUACGCGGCUCUGCGGCUCAGUAGAAGUAUCCGAGUGCGCGGAAGAAUAUCGACUUAAUUGUUUCUAUUGUCCUGUAACAUAUCCAUUGGCGUACUAUAAAAAGUUCAUAAGUCAUAUGAAAAAAAAACAUUUUGACUUUGAAUCAGCAUUUGAUAUACCCAAAUAUGUUUCAGACGACCACGAUUAUACUCCAAUCAUUGAGCCGCCUUCCUCUCCACCAAUUGAUGCUGUUGUACAAACUCAACCACAAGAACCUCUGGUUAUUGAGGCUAACGCUUUACUACCAUGUCUAGUACGAUUAUUAAAAUCAGCCUAUAAUCCCUUUGGAACCGUUUUAAGUCAAAAUUCCAAUUCUACUAUAGCAGUACAGCAGAAGAACACGAUGGUUAAUUGCAACAACAAUGAACAAUUUGAUAAUUUUGUAAAACCUGCAAUACCACCACAACCAGCACUUGGAAAGGAAAAUAAACUAAAAUAUUCAUAUAUGUCCAACCAGAAUAUACAAACUUUCACUUUGCCAGAGCACUCGAAAAAUGAAAAAGACAUGCCGCUUAAAAAAAGAACUAUCAAAAAAUCCAGGAGAAAAAGUAUUUCGGGAAAUUCAGGGAAAAGUAAGGAAAAGAUUCUCUCUUCGGGAGUAAUUUAUUUACCAAAUACAAAACGGCAAACUGCUUUAAGUCGUUGUCUUAAGCGGUCUAGUACAAUUGAUACAUUAGAGCCGCCAGAGCCACUAGAAGAUGACGCUUCUCCUAUAGAAGAUGCAAAUGUUCAGCCAUAUACAACAGAGCUUUCUUUCGAAUACACGCCACGUGACAUAAUCGAUUCCAUGUUAGACUGUAUGAAAAAUUAUCCUGUCUUGUGGGAGUUUGAUGCUGAACCAUUUAAUGAUGAUUACUACGAAGCUGUUGAAGAAUUGUGCCGUGUAAUCAACGAAAAAUGGUCUAUGAAUAUCGAUAAUUUGAAAAUGCGUCGCAGUGUUAAUCGUGUACUUAGAUAUUACUGGUCGGUUUAUCCAUUGGAAAAUGUGGAAAAUAUAGAUCAAUUUACUUGUUAUUAUGAUCAAUUGGCGGCUUUUUUGCCAGCCUCUGUGCAUGAAAUAGCCUAUUCCCGUUGUUCGCACUGUUACCGAUGUUACAAAAAUGAUAGUGAUCUAAGAGCUCAUCUGUUGGAGGAAUUUAGGCACCUUCAAUGGCCCCACAAGUGUGUGCAAUGCAAGGAAUGUUUUAGGGAUAUUAAUGAAUUUGAGUUUCACAAAAGUCUGCCUCACUAUUUGGAAGUAUUCAGAUGUGAACAAUGCGGCAAGCCUUAUACUCAACGCAAUAAAUUCAACAAACAUGUAUCUAUCCACCAAAUAAAACAAAGUUCCGAACCCGGUAAAUACGUGUGCAAUAUCUGCGGCAAAGAAUAUAAACUUAGUAGUGAAUUACGGAAUCAUUUGGUUUAUCACGGAGAGAAAAAACACAAGUGCCAUUUGUGUCCGAAAGCCUUUUUCACGAAUGCCACUCUAAGACAUCACUUAAGAAGUCAUAAUAAAGAAUAUCGCUUAAUAUGUGAGGUAUGUGGCAAGGGUUUUAUUCACCACACCAAUCUCAGGGAGCAUAUGAAAAAACACACUGGAGCUAAGAUCACUUGUAAUAUUUGCAAUUUGAAAUUAAGAAAAUCAAGUCUAAUGCGACAUCUACGUACAGUGCAUGUAGCCUGCGAGGGCACCAUUGAAAGUACCUACAGAGCGAGAAACCAUCAUUAUAGGAAAUUACUACAAUGGCCCAGUAAGCACUAUACUCGCCGCACCAAAUAUAAAAAGGAGAAAGACUACUGUUGUAAAAUCUGUGACAUACAUUUCGAUGGCUACAAACAGAUUGUGGAACACAAUAAGGAAUUUCAUGCCAAUGGCCAAAAGUGGCCGUGUAAAUUAUGUACUUCGGAAUUUAAUCGUAAAUUAAAUCUCAGUCGUCAUUAUCGCAGAAAACAUCAGCUGCAUGCUUAUCAAGUUUUCAAAUUAGUCGAUAAGGGCGAAGAUGUAGAUACAGUGUUGGCGAUAAAACCCGAAGAGUUGGAUAGAUUAACCGAAACUUUACAGUAUUCACUGAAUACUGGAUUGACUGGAGCAAAUAGUACAUCUACAGCAGCAGCCGAAACACAAAAACAAAGCACAAUAGAAACAACUACAAUAAUCAAAACAGAUCCCUCACCAGAGGAGAUUUAUAUUGAGGAAGAGAGACUCCACAGCGAUACAAUACAAGAUCAAAUAAUGCAGGUUGUUGAUGAGGAUAACAUCGCCUCACACGAUAUUAAAGUCGAUGACGAUCAUUAUAUGCAUGAUUUUUUCACAAAUCUCUUAAAAUAAGUUUUCUAGUUUUAAAAUAACACAUUUAUUUUUUGUUCUUUUAAGUUAAAAAAUUGUUGUUUUGUAAGUUAUAACUUUAAGCAUUUUCUUUUUAAAUGUAUUGAAUUAAUUUAAUAUUUUCGUUAAAUUUCUUAUCGAUGGGUUUCCACUGUACUCCUUUCAAAAAUGAACAUUCUUAUUUGCAUGUUGAAAACAUUGUAAUUUAUUGGAAACCUUUUUAAUUGAGGAAUUGUGGCUUUCUUGUUAGCACUGUACAUAUUCUUGUUAAAUCCAAAUAAAUUUAGUAAAAAUAAAAAGUUUA